GGUACGGGUGCGUGGACGUGUAGCGUGCGCGUCAGGCGGUUCCCGGAUGCACUAAAAGCGGACAUGGAGCGGGUAGUGGUGGAAGUACCGAUCAACAACGGAUACUCCCUUGCUGGUCCUUCCACAACGCCACGAAAACGUCAGGUGCGUUUUUCAGCAAGGCAUGACAUCAUUCUUCUGCGGGAGGUUAUCGCCCAGAACCCCUUUGCCUCUAAAGAGCCAGGACGGAUCUGGGCCCGUGUGGGGGAGAUAAUCACAGCCACACUCCAACAAGAAAACUUUGAAGUAGACGCCAGAAGGUGCAGGGAGCGGACCAUGCUGCUGCUGGACUACUACAAAAAACAAGACUUUCCCAGCCUGCGCAGGUUUGGAACAGAGAGGCUUUAUGCACAGAAAGAGGAUCUGCUCCAUGAGGUUUUGGAACUGGAGGCUGAGAAGGGGCUCCUGGACACCAAUGAAAGUACCAAGUACCAAGAUGAUGAACCGAGAAAGAGAGUCUUGGAUGAACUAACUCUACCAGAGCAGGAAAAACCCAACAUUGCUGUUCCUGCUCUAGAUGAGCCAGAAGAAGCCUGUGUGGACCAGAGUGAACCUUCAGCAGCACCCACAGCAAAGCAGCCCUGCCAGUGCUGCUGCCAGACCUACUCAGAGAUCCUCAUCUUCUUGGAGAAACGUUCAGAGGCUGAGCAGCGGCUGCGAGAGGAGGAGCUUGCACUGCGCCGGGAGGAACUAGAGAUUCAGAGGAGCAAGAUUGCACUGGAGAGGGAACGUCUGGGAGCGGAGAGGAAAGAGAGGGAGCAGAGAUUUGAGCUUGAGAGCCAGGAGAGGCAGGUCAUCUUGGAUUUGUUAAAAGAGAAAGUGCUGAAAGGCUGAUGGAGAGACACAGCACCAAUUGCAACUCAGAGUUAUCUUCAGAAAAGUCUCAACAUGAAAUCACAGCAGAAUACACAGUGGGCCCCUAAAAACAAUAAAUAUAUUAAAGGUAAUAAAGGACCUGAGUCCCACCUGCAGGCACAGAGCUCACUGGAGAAGAAUUACAGUGAAAUGCUUUAUUACCAGAAGGAAUGUUGAACAGAUGAAGAUAAUCUGUUCAGCUACGACGGAGUGAAGCACUCGUGAGAAGAAAUGUCAGGAUGCCAGAUAAAUGCCAGAAGAAUUGGCAAAGACAGAGUGAAAACUGACGGACUUAGAAACUGAGGAAUGAUGUGACAGCAUGAAGCAGGUAUGUGACUGGACUGAAAUGCAGGUGUGGAAGAAAAACUGUGACAAGGCAGUGUGCAGGCCAACCACCAAGAAAGAGAAACCUAACCACUGCACACAAGGGAAACCAGACAGAAA